AUGUCAGGAGAGAAGAUUUUCGAAGGCUGCUUUGCCGUUCACAAGCCGCAAGGCAUCUCCUCUGCCGACGUGCUCCGCGAUCUGCAGCGCCAUUUCAAUCCCUCAAAGCUAUUCCGGCCAUGGCUCGACGCCGAGAAAGACUUUCGCAUGAAAGAAAACUCAUACCAAAAGAACCGUCGUCGCAACAGAAACAAGAAGAUUGAAGUAAAGAUUGGACAUGGUGGCACACUGGACCCCCUCGCAACAGGUGUGCUGAUUGCCGGUGUGGGUAAGGGCACUAAAUCGCUGAGCGAGUUCCUUGCCUGUACCAAGUCUUACGAGGCUGUCGUUCUCUUCGGCGCGGAGACAGACACUUAUGAUCGUUUGGGCAAGAUCGUACGCCGAGCACCGUACGAGCACAUCACCCGGGAGGCCGUCGAAAAGGCUCUGGAUCAGUUCCGGGGUAAGAUCAUGCAGCGUCCGCCUAUUUUCUCGGCAUUGCGAAUCGAUGGGAAGCGAUUGUACGAGUAUGCGCGAGAGGGCAAAAUGCCACCCGUCGAGAUCAAAGCGCGGCCCGUCGAGACGGUGGAGUUGAAGAUCGUCGAGUGGUACGAGCCAGGUACCCAUGAGUACAAGUGGCCCGAGCAAGAGAUGACCGGCGAUGAGAAGGUAAUUGCGGAGAAGCUCCUUGACAAGGAAGCUGAGUUGCCCGUUGAAGACGGAGCCGCAGAGAACGACUCAUCUGCAAUCUCCAAGCGAAAGACACCCCCUGCUGCGGAGUCUCCAAUCGCGUCAGCGGGCGAAGAAGCAACCAAGAAGCAGAAGGUGUCAGAAGACGAAAGCGCCGAGGUGGUUGCGUCCACCACCGAACCUGAAGCUACUGUCUCGGAUUCCAAAGCCGCAGAUGUGCCUACCGAGCAGGCAGACAAGCCACGCCCACAGCCGGCAGCUGUAAAGAUCCACAUGACAGUCACCUCAGGCUUCUAUGUCCGAUCAUUGGCACAUGACUUGGGCAAGGCUGUGGGAAGCUGCGCCUUGAUGAGUGAGCUCGUUCGAAGCCGCCAAGCUGAAUUUGAACUGAAGCCGGAGAACGUCCUGGAAUACAAGGAUUUGGAGCAGGGGGAGGAAGUUUGGGGUCCCAAGGUGCAAAGGUUCCUCGAGGACUGGGAGCGCAAGAGGGCCGCUAAAGCGGAGGCUGAGGAGCAAGCAAAAUGA